AAGGGAGAAGCGGAGGGUUAGGCAAAACAAGAGCAAAGUGGAGGUGUCUCCGUGGAGUGGAGCAGUGCGUAAAAAGAAAAGAAAAAAAGAAAAGAGAAGCAAGGAGAGUCAACGGUUGUAUGUGUUUGCAUUAAACCCAAUUGCAGAGUCAUAAAACUUUCUCUCUCUCAACUCUCAAGUCUCAACUAAAACCCUGUUACUGCUACCAUUCUCAUCACACUUGCAUCAUGAUACCUCCUUCUCAGCCACCCCAAUGGGGCCCAUCGCCCACACCAAUCCUCAACAACUCCUUCCUCCCACCGCCGUCAAAUUCCCCCGCGGUUGACUUCAGUCCGCCGCUCAUAGCAAUGGUCGUCGUCGUCGCCGCCGCCUUUCUCCUCGUCACCUACUCCCGCCUCAUCGCGCGCCACCUCCGCCCGCCAAUCCACCGACUGCGCCGCAGAUUCCGCCGCCGCCGCCGAUUCCUGGCGUCCUCCGUCGGCGACCUGGAGUCCCUCCCCUACGAAUCGCCGCUGGACGGACCGCACGUGUUCUCCCCCUACGGUUUGGACGAAACGGUGAUCAAAACGAUACCGUUUUCGCUCUACACCGCCAAAUACGACGCGCGUUUCGAAGAGUCUUGCAACGACUGCGCCGUUUGCUUGCUGGAAUUCGAAGACGACGAUUACGUGAGAACACUCCCCGUUUGCUCCCACACCUUCCACGUGGACUGCAUCGACGCGUGGCUUCGCUCGCACGCUAACUGUCCUCUCUGCCGCGCCGGAGUUCUCUGCGCCGAUUCUCCUUUUACUCCGAUGAUGGCCGCCAGAAUCCGACCAAGCUUCGACGACGACACAAUUCUCCACCGCAUAAGUAUAGAUCCCCUCCCCGAUCCGCCGCCUCCGCCGGUGAUCUCCGGCACGCCGGAGAUCACGCCGUGCAUCGAGGAGAAUUCCCCGAGGAGGAACCUAAACCAGAAUCACGUGAAUACGAAUUCAGAGGAAUGUUUUAGGGAUUUUCUGCUGAAGAGGUCUUAUUCGUUUGGGUUUGAGCGGAGUUUGGCGUCGGAGAGGAUGGUGAUGGAACCGGCGACGGCUUCGCCGUGGCGGUACCGGCGAGGGAGUGGAAGUUUCUGGAGCAAGAGGCCUUCGCCGUUUGGGUCGUUGGGGAAGGCGAGGGUGUUUUCGUUUAGGUAUUAUAGGGGGAUGAAGUCACCGUUUUUACGGCGGAGGGGUUUUUUUCCGUUGUCGGAGUCGAGCGUGAGGUACGGCGGCGGCGGGAGUUCGUCGCGGCGGAGCAAGUCGAUGGCGAGUCCGAUGUUUCUGCGGUCGAGCCGGUUGAGGUGCGGGGACCCCGAGGCGCUGUUGUCGCCGGAGAGGUUCAACCGGAGGUGAGAGGAGGGAUGGAUUGCAAUGGGACACGUGGCAGGUAGUGAUUGGUGGAAGGGGGUGGGAGGGUUGAUCGGAGUGGUGACGGUGUGGGUCGCAUGCGUUAUAAUUUAAUGAGACUGGUCUGGCAAUUUGUAGAGAGUCAUUAAUGGAUGGUAGGAAGAGCAUUAAAUUUAAAUUUAGAGAGAGAGAGCGAGAGCGAGAGUGAAAUGAAUGUGAACAAGUGAAGAGGGUUUUAUUUUUUAAUCUCUCUCUCUCUCUAUUAUUCUCUGUGUCUAGGCUCAGACUGUGGAGGGUUUUUAAAGAGGAGGCUCAUAAAUGAGUAUGAGGAUUGGCAAAUGGCACCGAUUGAAAGGAAAGCACCCAUGUGGCCAUGUGGUAGGGAAAUGAGAGAGUAUGAGAGUGAGAGUCUCUAGGUUUAUGACCACAGACGCAAGCCAUUAAUUGUGGCAUUGGCCAUGCUGACAAGCAACAUUGCAUGAUUCUGCUGUGAAUUCUUUCAUCGUCAGAUAAUUAAUGCCAUUUAUAACAUUUUCAA